AUGACAGACACCGCAAGCUUAUCAAGGCAUCAGCCCCGCAAACCACAUCCACAAAAACGGCCAAAGCGGCCGCAAUUGACCCAUUUUCUCUGUCUCCCUCUUAUAAAUACCAAAUCGCUGCCACAGCUGGACAAAUCCCUCACGGCCUUCAAAACGGCUCAUCUUGCUGAAGUUGGGCCAGCUUCCCAAUCACCCUCCAAAGACCAUGGAGACACCUCUCGCCUGGGUCUGCCCAGCACAGCCUUUCGGCCACUGGGCACACUCCACCUUACUCUCGGAGUGAUGAGUCUCAACAAUAAAGAGCGUCUCGAUCAAGCUCUUGCGUUUUUCCGAUCCCUCGACCUGGCAGACAUAAUGAACGAGGCGGAACAAGUCGCCGCUCACACACAACAAAAAGUCGCCCUUCGCCAAUCAUCGCCUUUGACGGUUUCUCUCGAGUCAUUGCAUGCUCUGCCGCAAGGCAAGUCGGCAACCAUUCUACAUGCUUCUCCGGUUGAUCCCACAGGUCGCUUGCUUCCAUUUUGCUUAAAGCUACGUGACAAGUUCGUCGAGGCUGGCUUCAUCCAAAAUGAGCCUGACACGAGGCCUGCAGGAAGACCAAACCCAACCAUUCGCUUUGUCCAAGACGCUCCUCAGGCCUCUGAGCCCGCUACUGUCUCUAGUGAUGGGUCUUUACAGAAACCCAAACCACGACCACUCCUUUUGCACGCGACUAUUGUCAAUACCAUCUACGUUCGUGGACGGCAGGGCCAGAGCAAAGAUGCCAAGGACAACAACUCAUCCAAACGCCUUACAUUUGAUGCUCGCAAUCUGAUCUCACAAUAUCGUAAUUAUUAUUCUGAUGACAAGCGGACUAUUCCACACCGAGCACCUGCUGGGUCUUCCGCAGAAAUAAAAAAUGAACCCCGCCGCGCAAAAUCUCCACCAAUCCCCGACAAAAACACUCUUUUGUCCACGCCUAGCAGCAGUCCGGCCCCUUCUGCCCCACCAUCCCGUGGCUAUCCUUUCAUUUGGGCGAAGGAAAUUCCUCUGGAUACUAUCUGCAUCUGUGAAAUGGGCGCCAGGAAAUUACAUCCUGGUGUCGACGACCGUCAUGGUUUGAAUGGGCGUCUCGGUGCGGAAUACACAGUCAUUGCAGAACGGGACCUUAAUCCAAGCCCGGCAUCGCGUCCCUUCUCGAACACAAAGGCUCCGCACAACGCCGUUCCAUCCAGCAGAAGAUGA